CUCGUGCCCGCUUAGUGCGGAGCCCGAGCUCCUUCAACACACCACACAACGUUGACAAUAUUGAAUGGAUUGACAAGCUGCGCAGCUCAAUUCUGCGCGAGGUCGCCUGCAUAUUCGCCGCUCGCACCUGCCAUUAACGGCCGAGUGAGAGGAGCGAUGGUGGUCGCACGGCGUUAUCAAACUGCGAGCAUCCGACCUCCUUCCAGACUAAUUUAAAGCUUUCAACACUCAAACAAGACUGUAUCGCGCUGAUUGUUAGGCUGAAGAAGCGUCUCAGGUAGCGGCAAGGUCACGUCCGUCCGGCUUCCGCCGAACUUUGCUUGGUGAGGUCCUGAACGGAUGCUCGGAUGAUCUUAGAAUAGCCAGCGGAUCACAAAUGCACUCAGAGAAGCCCGCGGGGCUAGGUACUGAGGUUUCAAUGAACGAGCCCUCAACAGGGGUCACGUGUCAUGUCGUUGAGGAUGGCGCGGCAAGGAGCAAUGCGCUGUUCCUCUACGCCCCGCCUCAGAGCGGCCACCUCGCCGACUACAACUUCUGUACGCACCAGAUGAAGACACAGCUUGGCCGGCUGCCCGGCUCUCCUGGCCAGAGCGCCAAGGCCGGCCGCAACGAGCACCGCAGUGCCCGACUGGGCGCCGCCGCCGCCGCCGCCCGCGCCGCCACCAGCUCCCCCCUGGACAGCGGCGCCGCCUCGUACCUGGAAGAAGUCGUCCAAUCGCCCGAUGGCGGCCCGGCGGUCGCCACCCACCCCACGCGGCCGCUGCUGGGGCCCGUGCCUCUCCUGGCGCCUCAGGUGCCCCCAUCGCCGCACAUGCGCCUCUCCGCCCCCAACAUCACAAACGCCGCCUUGGACGCCUCCUUCAGAGUCGACGCCUCCGCCUGCUGUGGCUCGGGCGGCGCCCACACCGCCACCCACUCCGCCUCCUUCUCCACCCACACCCCCUACACCUCCGCGGUGCUGCUGAGUCCACACUCCAUGACCGCACUCGAGCUGCCCGGCGCCGCCUUCCGCCGCAGCCUGGACUUCCCGGGCCUAGGCCUGAUGUCCCCCGCCACCGCCGCCGCCGCCACUGCCACGCACGCCAACACCUGGGGCUCACUCGCCACCCCAAUGGCGGCGGCGGCGGCCGCCGCCGCCGCGGCAGACGGCGGCCAAAUCGCCGCCGCUGGUGGUGGCGACGGCGUGCUGCCGCCGCCGCCACUGUGGCUGCGGGACCGUGGGUCGGUGGACGCGGCGGCAGGCGCGCUCAUGCUGGCCACUCGCCGCGCCUCCCUUCUCAUGCCCGACGGCGACGCCGCCGCAUUCGCCGAUGCCGCAAAUGCCGCCGCCGGCGGCGGCGACGCUGAUGAUGCCAGGCUGGCGGCGGCGGGCCUGGAUGACGUGGACUGGGACCUCUGGGCCGCUGGCACCGGCGGCGGCCGCGGCAAGGGCGGCAGCGGCGCCGGCGCCGGCGCCCGAGGCGCCCAGAAGGGCAGCAGCAGCAGUGGCCUGCGUUCUGCGCCGCCGACUGCAGGUGCUACAGCCGGCACCGCCACUGUCGGUGGCGCUGGCAGCAGCAGCAGGGUCGUGUCUGCAUCCCAGCUGGAGCUAGAUGCCGUCACUGCCCCUGCUACUGCUACUGCCGCCGCAGCUACUGCCGCCGCCGCCGCCGCCCCUGCGACCCUCGCCGCCCGCCCGCCUCUCCAGCCACCGCCGCCGCCGCACCGCGCGCUGUCCGUCACCUCCGCCGCCGCCGGCACCUUCCGCUACCACGAGGAAGACGACCUGGCGGCGGCAGAGUGGUUCUUCGGCGACAACCUGCAGCGGGAGCGCAUGCGCGCGCGCUACGCCGCAAUGGAGGCCGCGGACGAGAUCUGCUACCGGGGCAGCGCCGAUGGCAAGGGCGGCAAAGGUGGCGGUGACAAGAGAGGCAAGGGAGUCAGGGGCAACGGUGAGGGGAAGAGCCGUGGCAGUGGCGAGGGGAAGAGCCGUGGCAGUGGCGAGGGGAAGAGCCGUGGCAGCGGCGAGGGGAAGAGCCGUGGCAGCGGCGGCGGUGGCGGCAAGGGCAGUCGCACGGCGGAGGCUCUGGCGGGCGGACCUGGCGGCCGCGGCAGCAGCUUUGCCGGCCGCGCCCUGAAUGCACUGCUGCCGCGCCUGUCGGGCGGCAGCGGCGGUGGUGGUGGCGGGGGCGCCGCCGCCAAGGGCACCAGCCAGCCUGUCAAGGCGGCGACGUCACGCCUGGGAGCCGCCGGCGGUGGAAGCGGCACUGACAAGGGCAAGGGCACGAGCGCCAUGCACGGCACGCGGCGCAGCGGCGACAAGCGCCACCACAGCGAGGGCGAGGGGGAGGAGUGGGAGGAGAGGGUGCUGAGCCGGACCGUGAGCGGCAGGCCCGGCCGCAGUCGCUACGAUGACGAUGACGGCGGCGAUAAUGGCGAUGGUUGGGAGGCUCAUUGCCGCGACGGGGCUGGUGAGAUGCAGAAGGGGAAGAAGGAGGAGAAGAGCGUGUGGCGUGCCUUCACGCAGCGCGCGGCGCGCGUGCUGGGCUUUGGAGGCGGCAGCGGCGGCGGCGGCGGUGCCGGAUACAAGGUGGGGCCCGCUGCCGUGGCUGCGGCGGCUGGUGUGGACCCGAGCCGUGCCAAGUCCCGCACCGCGGCACGUGCGCAUGGCGCCGGCGGCGGCGGCGGCGACAAGCAGUGUGAGGAGGAGGACGAGGCGGCGGCGGCGGCUGACCUGGCGAUGACAGCCGGCCGCGCCAAGUCGCGUACGGCUGCGCGAGCAAACGACACGGCAGCGGGCUGGAAGCAGCCGCCGCAGCAGCUGGCCUCGGCGGCCGCGGUGAGGCAUUGUCAUGGCGACGCCGGCGGGGAGGACGCGCUUUCCCGUGGGAGCCGUGACGGCAGUGAUGACGGUUCAGCCUACUCGGGCGAAGACGAGGACGAGGAGGGGGCAGAGAGCGAGGCUGAGACCACAACUGGCGGCGGCGGCGACGACGAUGAUGACGACGAGCCGCUGCCGGUGCUGCGCUCCCGCGACAGCCGCGUGGUGCACCGCACCCGCAUGGGCCUCGACACGCGUCGCUCCAUGGUGCUGCAGAGGCUGGGUCUGCCCAAGCCGCCGCCGCCGCCCACCACCCCCGGUCGCUCCAGGGCGGGCUCCGUUGCGAGCUCCGUCACUGGAGGCGGCGGCGGCGGCGGAGGUGGCGGUCGGCUGAAGGGCCUAAGUGGCGGGGAGGAGCAGGGAGGGGAGGGCUACGAGGAGGUGGGCGAGGAUGAGGAGGAGGACGAGAUAACGGCGGCUGUGGCGGCGGCAGCGGCGCUGUUUGCGGUGGCCAAGUCGGCAGUGUCUGCGACCGGCCGCGCGCCGUCGGCCAAGGGGCGGAGCAGCGGCCGCGGCGUCAAGGCCGGUGGCGGUGUGCCGCCCCCGCCGCCGCCACCGCUGCGGUGCAGCACUGGUGGCGGCGGCGAGGCAGGAGCAAGCGGUGGUGGUGGGGACGGGCGGGUGGCGGUCCAGGCGCGCAGCGGGCCGCGCGUAAUUUUUGCGUGAGCAUGCAGUCGACAGCAGGGCGGGGCGGGAGGCGGGUGGCGUCUCAGCCAGCGGUGUGGUGGGGCGGGAUGCGAGCCGGCGUACGUUAUGUUGAAGCCACACCGGGGCAGGGGAGGGAGCCACGCCAGGCUUCAGGAAUGACCGCUGUGCGUGUGGUGCGGUACAGCGACUGGAAGUGCAUGCUAUUCAGGAUGCGCACUGGUCAGUUCCACAUCUGUUUGGAAGCUUGCUUGACGAAGAAGGGUGUGUACCGAUGUCUUGCUAACGGUUAUCUAAGCUCUUACGUGGACGACCUUCAGUCAGCCACGCGGUUCCUUUGCUGGGGAUGCUCUGUUCAUUGCUUCAGGGGUGUUCAUUGUUUUUCAGGGGCGGGCAUUUACAGGAGGACAAUCCGUUCAUCAUUAGGACGGGUCACUGGACGAAUGUUGAUUAACGCUAAAGAUGAUCCCGUGGGGCGCAUUGCUCCACAGGGAUGGAUGCAUUCGCAAAGGGAAGGGAACUAGUGAUACACACAUGUUUGCGCCGCGUAGGUUGUCGGCCGGUAGGUGAUUACCGAAGCAUGCUCGCCGCCGGCAGCGCCCCGCAAUGCAACCAGCCAGUGAGUCACCGGCAGCGCUUCAGAUUGUUGCGGGGGUUGUUGUUGUUGUUGUAUGUCUUUCGUCUCGCCACACGCGCAUUCUGCUGGCAGGUUGUUUCAGGAAUGCGGCUUGAUUGGUUGGAUUCACAGACAUGAGAUGGUGGGCGGCGGCGGCGCUGCUGGCAGCUGCAGUUGACCGGACUGACGGCUGGCAUUUACGGCACUUUGCACACACGCAUGCAUACACGCAAUGGGGCGGGGCUGCAACACUGCCCCCUCACCCCUCACCCCUCAUGAGACUGUUGUUCUGGAACACGCCGCCACCUGCCAUCACCUACACACACGCGGCAGGUGCACGCGCGCGAGAGCACUUGGCAAAGUAGAAGCAUUUAUAUGUCUAUUGAAGAAAACCAAGAAAUGAAAUCGGCACCAGACGGAUGUCGCCUUGUUGAGGUUUGCUAUGACGACAGGCACUUUGCCAACGGUGGUGUUUCUUUUCGUGGCUGCGCUUUCCAAAUGUACACACAAUUAGCGGCUGGGUGCGUACUUGAGAUGGCUAGGAAUGCCGGAUGUGGGAUUCUACACGUUGCUCACUGAGAUGAGUGGGGGUGCGCCUUGGUGUGCGCGCACCGUUUCACAGUGAGAGGGCAGGUGGACGUCCCAUGUACAUUAGUGUUGCGGCAUCUAUCAUCAACGCCUCUGCAGAGUCAAAGCCGUGUUACCUCAAUGCAUGGGGAGAUGAUCUUGACCGGCACGUGUAAGAACGGAUGAGCUUGUUUGUCAGGCGCUGUCCGGCCAGGCGAACAAAUCCCGGCGGCCCGACGGCCGGUUGAUCACACGAUACCCCCGUGGGGCUUCUCAGGCGCAUGCACUACUGCAACGUGCCGGUAACCACACCAUCUAU